AUGGCGACGCCCUCCAAUGAGCUGGAGCACAAGGCGAGGGAGGCCUUCAUGGACGACGACUUCGCCCUCGCCGCCGCGCUCUACACGCAGGCCAUCGCCGCGGGCCCGCCGACCGCCGCGCUCUACGCCGACCGCGCCCAGGCCUACACCAAGAUUGGAGAUUUCGCGGCGGCCGCCACGGACGCCGCCCGCGCCGUCGAGCUCGACCCCGCCAUGGCCCGGGCGCACCUCCGCAGGGCCCACGCCUGCGUCAAGCUGGAGCAGUACGACGCCGCCCGGGCCGCCGUCGAGGCCGGCGCCGCCCUGGCCCCCGGCGACGCGCGGUUCGCCAGGCUGAUGAAGGAGAUCGACGGCAAGGCGCCCAAGCCGAUGGAGACCGAGGCUUGUGCCGUGCCCGCUGUUGCCGCUGCCGCGCCCGUGCCCGUGCCCGUGCCUGCCCCCGCUGAAAAGCCCAAGUACAGGCACGACUUCUACAACAGCGCGGCGGAGGUGGUGGUCACCGUGUUCACCAAGGGCGUGGCGCCCGAGCACGUCGCGGUGGAGUUCGGCGAGCAGAUGCUGAGCGUCUCCGUCGAGGUCCCCGGCGAGGCGGCGUACCACCUGCAGCCCCGCCUGUUCGGCAAGAUCGUCCCCGACAAGUGCAGGUUCGCCGUGCUCUCUACCAAGAUCGAGGUCCGCCUCGCCAAGGCGGAGCCGGGAACGACGUGGACGUCGCUGGAGUUCACCGACAAGCCCAAGCUCACCGCCACGGCGUCACCGGCGGCGAGCGGCGGCGCCCAGAGGCCGUGCUACCCGUCGUCGUCGUCCAGGGGCAGGAAGAAGGACUGGGACAAGAUCGAGGCACAGGUGAAGAAGGAAGAGAAGGAGGAGAAGCUGGACGGCGACGCGGCGGCCAACAAGUUCUUCCAGGACAUCUUCGGGAACGCCGACGAGGACAUGCGGCGGGAGAUGACGAAAUCGUUCCAGGAGUCCAACGGCACGGUGCUGUCAACCGACUGGAAGGACGUGGGCUCCAAGAAGGUCGAGCCCAGCCCGCCGGAAGGCAUGGAUCUGCGCAAGUGGGAGUAUUGA